GCUCAGGCCUGGCAAACAGAGGGACGAAGGCGUGUGUGCAGCCCUGACAAAACAGCUGGAAUGCCCCUCCCUCCUCUGCUCCUAGGCCUUCCCCUUUUGUUCCAUGCAAGGCAUCCCAGAGCCCAGCGUUAGAGGCACGUUGGCGGAGCCUCUUCCCCAACAGCCAUUGCCACGCAGGGAGCCCACGUAGCCCCUUGCCUGCCUCCAAAGCCUGCUCCUUUCCCCAGGAUCAGCUCCUGCCUGCAGCUCUCCAUCUUUGCCAGCAGCAGCAUCCUCCAGCCCUGGCUGCAUCUGCGUCCUUGUCUGCUCCCUCCUCCUCUGGCUUCUCUCCUUCUCCUUGUGUCUGCCUGGAUGCAGCAAGCUUGAGCCUAAGGGAGUGGCACGCUGUACUCCAGGGGAAGCGCUGCAGCCUCCAGGAAGGUUGGAGUAGCAAGAGGCUGCAGCAGGCAGGCUGGAGAGCUCCUCCUCUGCCCCCCUGCAACCUGGAUGCUGAGAAGAGAGAAGGUCUGUGAAGAUGGAAGAAGGGGUCCAUCAUCUAGAAGCCUGACCUGGUGACGCUGGGAAAAUCCUCCAUCUCUUGGUAGCUGCUUGCCUGAAAUACAGAACAAGACAAAAAUGCUGAAGCCAAGUGGACUUAAAAUCCCUGGCAGGGCAGGGAAGCACUCCAGCCCGGUGGGACGGACUUCCGGGACAGUUACAGCUGCUGUCACCACCAGCUCUAAGGAAGGCUCACCUCUGCACAAGCAAGGUCCCGCCUCUACUGGCAGCGCUGAGAAGUCGGGCCCAAAGGUCGCUGAGGUUGGCGAUGACUUCUUGGGAGACUUUGUGGUGGGUGAACGUGUCUGGGUGAAUGGAGUGAAGCCAGGUGUGAUCCAGUACCUCGGGGAGACGCAAUUUGCUCCCGGCCAGUGGGCAGGGGUCGUUCUGGAUGAUCCGGUGGGUAAAAACGAUGGCUCUGUUGGUGGGGUACGUUACUUCGAGUGCCAGCCGCUGCAGGGGAUUUUUACACGACCCUCCAAGCUCACCCGCCAGCCUGUGGCAGAGGGAUCGGGGAGCGAUGCCCAUUCUGUGGAGUCCCUCACAACUCAGAACUUGUCACUGCAUUCGGGGACGGCCACCCCACCCCUUUCUACUCGCGUCAUUCCUCUGAGGGAGAGCGUCCUGAAUAGCACCAUGAAGACUGGAAACGAGUCUGGAUCUAACCUUUCAGACAGCGGGUCAGUGAAGAAAGGGGAGAAGGAUUUGCGGCUUGGAGAUCGUGUCCUGGUUGGUGGGACAAAGACGGGAGUCGUGCGCUAUGUGGGAGAGACGGACUUUGCCAAAGGAGAGUGGUGCGGAGUGGAGCUGGAUGAGCCCUUGGGGAAGAACGAUGGAGCAGUCGCUGGUACAAGGUACUUCCAGUGCCCCCCCAAGUUUGGCCUCUUCGCGCCCAUCCACAAAGUGAUCCGCAUUGGGUUCCCGUCCACCAGCCCUGCCAAAGCGAAGAAGAGCAAGCGGAUGGCCAUGGGAGUGUCUGCCCUGACCCAUAGCCCCAGCAGUUCCUCCAUCAGCUCUGUCAGCUCUGUGGCAUCCUCUGUUGGGGGCAGACCCAGCCGGAGUGGACUGCUGACAGAGACAUCCUCUCGCUAUGCCCGGAAAAUCUCUGGCACCACAGCCCUGCAGGAGGCACUGAAGGAGAAGCAGCAGCACAUCGAGCAGCUACUGGCUGAGCGUGAUCUGGAGAGAGCAGAGGUAGCCAAGGCCACCAGCCACAUCUGUGAAGUGGAGAAAGAAAUUGCCAUCCUGAAGGCCCAGCAUGAGCAGUAUGUCGCAGAAGCAGACGGGAACCUCCAGCGUGCACGAGCCCUGGUGGAUGGGAUGCAAAAGGAAAAGUUUGAGCUGUUGAACCAACUGGAAGAGGAAAAAAGGAAAGUGGAGGACCUGCAGUUCCGUGUGGAGGAGGAGUCCAUUACCAAGGGUGAUCUGGAGACUCAGACGCAGUUGGAGCAUGCCCGAAUACGGGAGCUCGAGCAGAGCCUGCUGUUUGAGAAGGCACAGGCUGAAAAACUCCUCAAAGAAUUAGAGGAUACCAGGUUGACCACCGUGGAAGAGAAGUCGCGAAUCCUGCAGCUGGAGGAAGAGUUAAGUCUCAGGCACAGUGAAGUGGAGGAGCUCAGACAGUGUCUAAAGAACUCGCAUCAGGCCGAGACUCCUGAGCACAACCUUGGCUUGCAUUCGGAGGCUCUUCGUUUGCGAGACCAGCUGCUGUCUGCUAACAAAGAGCACCAAAAAGAGAGCAGUCAGCUGAAGGAAAAGUAUGAGAAGACCCUGAAGAAAUACCAGCAGGAGAUGGAGAAGCUGAAAGCCAUGAAUGAAAAAUACUCCCAGGAAAUAGUUGACCUAAAACAUAAAGUUCAACAAGCCACCAAUGAGAAUAUGGGGCUGAUGGACAACUGGAAGUCCAAGCUGGACACCUUGGCUUCUGACCAUCAGAAGUCCCUGGAGGAUUUCAAAGCCACCCUCAACACAGGGUCUGAAACCCAGCACAGAGAGAUAGUCGAACUGAAAGCCGUGGUAGAGAGCAUAAAGAUGGAGCACCAGCUGGAGCUAGAGAACCUUAAAGCCAAGCAUGAUAUUGAGACUGCUGUUCACAUAAAGGAGAAAGAAAGUCUGAAGCUGAAGCUGCAGGAGGCCAGGGAUGAACUGGAAAAAAGCAACAAUGACUGGAAGAUGCAACUGGAAAUCAAAACCAACCAGCACCUCCUAGAACUUCAGGACAUGAAGGACAAGUACCGAGAUGCCGAACUGAGAGUGCACGAACUGGAGAAGCUACACAGUGAAUAUAAAGACCAGACGCAAGCAAUAGCUUUCUUGAAAGAACAGAUUUCUCUGGCUGAGAAGAAGAUGUUGGACUAUGAGACGCUACAGAAAACAGAGGCCCAGAGUAAGCAGGAGAUCCAAAGACUCCAGGAAAAAGUGCUCGUCUUGGAGAACAAACUGCAGUCCAUGGAGGCCCUGCAUCCUUCUCAGCAUGCAAAUAUGAUUGAAACAAAUGAUAUUUCAGAAGAAAAGAUAAAAAUGAAGCAGACCAUGGAAGAUCUGCAAGACAAACUGAGUAAGAGAGACAAAGAGGUGUCAUCACUGGUCUCCCAGACUGAAACUCUAAGGGCCCAAGUAAGUGCACUGGAAAAUAAAAGCAAAUCUGCAGAGAAGAAGACAGAUUCAUUGUUGAAGGAGAAGAAAAGGUUGGAAACUGACCUGGAUACCUUGUCCAGGAAAACCCAUGACGCUUCAGGACAGUUGGUCCUGAUUAGCCAGGAGCUACUCAAAAAAGAAAGGAGCUUGAAUGAGUUGCGGGCUUUAUUACUGGAAGCCAAUCGUCAUUCACCGGGGCCGGAGAGAGACCUGAGCCGAGAGGUGCACAAAGCAGAGUGGAGGCUGAAGGAGCAGAAGCUCAAAGAUGACAUCAAGGGCCUGAGGGAGAAGCUGAUAGUGCUGGAUAAAGAGAAGUCAGUAACAGACCAAAGGCGGUACUCCCUGAUCGACCCGUCGUCGGAGUCGGAGGUUAUCCGGCUGCAGCACCGGCUGGUCAGCACCGAGGACGUCCUGAGGAACGCGCUGGAGCAGGGGCACCAGAUGGAGAAGCUCAUGGAGGCCAUGAGAAUUUCUUCUGAGAAGACGCAGACCGUUGGGAACGCUGCCUCUGCUAAUGGGAUCCAUCAGCAGGAUAAGUCCCACAAGCAAGAAGAGAAGCUCUGAUAGAGAAGGGGGCGGAGAGGACCAUUUCAUGCCAGUAUCAUCUCCUGUGCACGGACAGGACAAGGGAUGCCACAUCUGGCUCAAGCACCUCCUAAGGACCAGUCACAGUAUUUUUACUUUACAGACAGGACAGUGCUUAUAAUGUACUAACUGACUCAAGUAGGACAAUCCCCUGAUCCAAAUUUUUCAAGACGAGCAUCAUUCCAGAAUGGGGCAUGGGGAUGUCCCUGUGUAAAGGUACCUUUGUUUUGGUUUCUUAUGGUUCGGACUGUGGAAUCGGCAUUGGCCGAAGGAGACCAGUGCUGUUAGUCCCACCUGGAUGGCAUGGCCUGGCUGACAGCUGACUGACGUGGUGGCUGGAACAUCACUGGUGACUCCUUGUAACCCCAGAGGAACAGUGAAGGGAUUUGCUUGUGGCACUAAGAAACUCCUGAGCAUAGUCGCAUGGGCUGCGCGCACACCAGUUGUCUCUCUCCGCCUCUUCCACCCACCCCCAUAUUCUGAAGAACUACACAGGUGAGGGAAAACCCCAGGGCUGAGUCCACUCCCACCGAAGAAAAAGAGCUAGUGGGGAACGCUGCUGCCUCUCCUGCAUGGAAGAUGCUUUGACUCCAGACCAUAGAGACUGCUUUAUUUUUCCUGAUGGUGUGUCGUGCUCAACCUGAUUUGAGGAGACGCUGAAUUCAGUCCAGGUCGCUAGCUGCUGUCUAGGAGUCGGUGUUUAUGAGGGGAGAGUGCCUCUCUCAGCUUUGCUUAGUCUAUCUCUGCACCGAGAGGUCCCUUAGCAGGGCCCAGAGGCAGGAGCGCAGUGGUGCAUGGGUGUGCUGGGUGCUCUUUAGACGUGCAAUGCAAAGCUUCCUUCCCUCUGGCAAGCAGCGACUUGAUUCAGUCUGCUGAACUGCAUGGCAGGAAAUUCCCUACACGUCCACUGAUCUGAGGACAUGUGUUGGGCGUAGUCAUGUCAAGCAGACAUCUCAAACCCCUUUCCUUCUACUAUCCACGCAACUCCAACCAAUACAUAUAAGGACAGGGCUUGCAUAAUAUUAAGUUAAAUUUGUGUGUCCCCCAACCAUCCCCCAUAGCUGGUUUAGGCCCUUCAGCAAAGUCUUCCCAGGAGUUCAGAGGAAAGGACAGGCCUUGUGCUGCUGGAGCCUUCUUGCCAAGGGUGUAUUGUGUCUAAAGGCCUUGAACCCAAGGCCCUGCGUAGAGCAGUUCUCCAGCUGUGACUGAUUUCUGUUCUUCCCCAUAUCUGCCGGUCACAUCAAAUUCUCUCUCCUUGACGCAGUGGGAGGUCUGGGCUGCUGGAUUGUGCCCCACAAGAUGCAUUGAGAAUCAGUGUUACUGUAAGGGCCUCUAGGACCCUGCAAGCCCAGCUGAGUUUCCAGGUUGGCACAUGGUACCCACUGCGAUCACGUGUGCAGAGAACUAGUUAUGUGCGGAUCCAUUUGCACGCGUCUCAGUAAGCGUUUGAGCCUUGCACGGGGGGUGAAUACAUUCCAAGGGCUAUAUUCUAGUUUCAUUCUUUGCACUAACCUCCCACUGGACUCGGGUGGAAUGAGG